UGUUACGACUCAAGCAGAACGCAUGGAUUUAACGGGUCUCCAUAUUGGCACAUCAUUCGCACAAACAUUCUUCCGCAGAAGCUCUCCGGACGAUCCCGACUAAGCGAAUUUGGGCUCGCAGCCAAAUCUGCGCAGAAGACGACGAACGACUGUGGCCUCGCCGACGCCUUGCACGCAAUUGAGACAGCGAAACCACCAUGAAUUCUCUCCGCAUUGCUCGUGCGGCUCUUCGGGCACGUCCCGCUGCCCUGCGCCCCCCGCUCCAGCGCAGAGGCUAUGCCGAGGCCGUCUCGGACAAGAUCAAGCUCAGCUUGUCGCUCCCCCACCAGUCCAUUUACAAGUCCCACGACGCCGUCCAGGUCAACAUCCCCGCCGAGUCGGGCGAGAUGGGUGUCCUCGCCAACCACGUCCCGUCGAUUGAGCAACUCAAGCCCGGCGUCGUCGAGAUCAUCGAGGAGGGCGGCAGCAGCAAGCGAUUCUUCCUUUCCGGUGGUUUUGCCGUCGUCCAGCCUAAGUCGGCCCUGAGCAUCAACGCCGUGGAAGGUUACCCCCUGGAGGACUUCAGCCCGGAGGCUGUCCGCGCCCAGAUUGCCGAGGCUCAGAAGGUGGUGAAUGGUGGUGGCAGCGAGCAGGAUAUUGCUGAGGCCAAGAUUGAGUUGGAGGUCCUCGAGAGCCUUCAGGCUCACCUGAAAUGAGUGUACAAAAGCCCAUCCCCCGUCCUGUAGUAUACCAAAGAUUCCCUAGCCAAAGACACGCAUUUCGAGGCUGCUCGCCUUAAGACCAGCUGAUGAAAGGAGUACACCACCUUUGGCUUACCGUGAU